UAUCGCCCGAACGAACGCGCCUCUUUUUCUCGCCUCGCGCGAUGGCUUAGGUUUCUGCUUCGAUGCUGGCAGACCCGACCCGCCAAAAGGCGGCCAGCCGGAUCCUGCGGAAGUCGCCCGAAGAGCGCCAGGAGCAAGAGCUUGCUUUCCUGGCGGCGAGCCUGCACGAUGUGCCGCAGUUUCAGCAGCUGGACAUGGCGACGCUCAAGGCGAUCUGCCAUGCCAUGCAAGCGCAGCGCUACGCCAAAGGCGAUGUCAUCUUACAGGAGGGAAGCCCAGGACACGAGUUCUUCGUUCUACUCAGUGGAAGCGUGAGUGUUCACCUCUUUCGCCCGGAGGACACCCCGCCAAAGUCGCGGUUUCUAGACUACACCAUUGUGGCGCAGGCAGCGGAGCCCUCGACUGCCCCGGGGACUUCUGCGAAGCCUCGCCGGCCCUCGAGGGCCAAGCAGGCGCUAAACGCGCGGCUGGCCCAUACGGUGGACUGGGAUGUGGCCGCCAACGAGGCAGAGGUGAAGAAGGGCAUGCAGCGCAUGUCGACCACCAUGAAGGUGAUCCAUCAGGCGUUGGCCUUCAGCGACAGUGAGGACUCGGACGAGUCGCCGCGGCUGCGGCUGCGCUCGGAGCCCCGCACCGAGCGCUCGGAGCGCGAGAUGUGUCCCCGAAAGCCCCAGCCGCCCUCGCUCCGCGCGGCGGUGCUGUUCCCGGGCUCGUCCUUUGGGGAGCUGGCGCUGGACACCUUUCUGCCGCGCCAGUGCACCGUGAAGUGCGAGGAGCGGUGCUGGGUGGCCAAACUCAGGCAGCAGGACUAUCAUCACAUCCUCACGAGCCACGAGACAGGCCGGCGGCAGCGCUGGCUCGCCUUCGCGGAGGCUGCGCCGCUGCUCAGGGACUUGGAAGAGCCUGCGCGAGUGCACCUGGAGCCCCACUGCAAGUUGCUGCAGGUGUCCAAGGGCCAAGAGGUCUGCCAGCCUGGGGAGCUCGAGGUCGUGUUCUUGGCCGAGGGCUGCUUCGAGGUUUCUUUGCCAGGCACCAAGAACCGCCAGGUUCCCACCUCGCUGGUCUUGGCCCCGGCGGUCUUCGGCUUGUCGCCGGCGCUGCGGGACGAGCCGCGGCAGCAGGAGACGCUGACCUGCAUCUCUGCCUCAGGUUUGAUCUACAAGGUGCAGGCGAAGCAUGUGCUCGUGAUGCUCUCGCCCUCACAGCAGCAGCUGCUCACGAAGGCCGCCUUCCAGGAGAAACGGUUCCACUUGGCCCGCGCCGCUGUGAUGCGGGCGAUGGUCGGAGAGGGCAGGCUGUACUGCGCGGGCCCGCGCCUGGCGGCCGUGAGGCAGCAGCUGCGGCAAGUGGAGGAGGAGACUCCGGAGGCGCUGAAUGUGCCCAACGCGCUGAGCGCUUGCUGGUCUGCAGAGACCUUGGACCGCGCCCGCCGGGAGAGCAAAACCUACCGGCCCUGCACCGAGAACUGGAAGAUGCCAGCGCUGGAGACAGAUGGGAUGGGAGUGAAGAGGCGCCUGAGCUGGGCGGCGAAGGCGGGGGCAUGGAGCCCUGAGCAGCUGGCGCUGAAAGGCAAGCUGCGGCGGUCCCAGCAGCGGGGCGCCUUUCACGGCUUUGGCCCGGUGGUUCAGGCGAACGGCUUCCUGACGCAGUUCUUCAAAAAGGCCUCGGAGCCGCCCUGGUCCCACGCGCUGCGGAACUCCGCCUCGGCACCCUCGCUCAGAUUGGCAGGCGCCGAGAUUGACGUCGAGGCUGAGACGGAGAGACGCUUCGAGCCUCUCCUGGAUGAGCAGAUUGAGGAAGCUGAGGAGGAGCAGUUCCACAAGGACCGGGCUGCGUCCAAGAUCCAAGCCUCCGCCAAGCGCUUCCUCUCGAGGCGUUCGGAACGGCAGCCGAAGUCUCCGAAGUCUCCGAAGACUCCGAAGGAGCAGGACAAUGUCAGCGAAGCAGGCCGGGAUGCAGGCGAGAAGACACGCAAGAGCCCUGCGAGCGAUGGCCCAGCAUCACCUCAGCCAAAGCCGCAUGCGAGCCUCCGCCAGGCGCUUGCCCAAAGCCCUAGAAAGCCCGUCCCAGUUCCGGACAUGCCUCCGAAGGAGCCGCCCGCGGCGCUGGAGUUGAGGGCGCUCCCCCCGAUCUCCGUGCCGCUUUGGCGGAACGAGAUCCUGGAGGCCGGAUCGAUCGUGAGGAGAUGGCAGGAGGAGAUGGAUCUAACAGGCUUCAAAGCUCCGCAGAUGACGCGCUUGCCGCUGCUGCCGCCCUGUGCUCGGCAAAGAGAGGGGUCGCCGAGGGGCAGCGUGGUGCUGCCAGCGAGGCUUGCAGUGCGCAGUGACAGUCCAGGUGUGGCUUUGAGCCGGCCGACUCAUGAGGAUGAGGUCGAUCUCAAGGAGAUCUACCGGCAUAAAGUCCCGGUGCAGCGUGCGCGGGUGAAGCUGAAGCUAGCAAUGUGCCAGCGGCCGAUUCGGGCAUAGCCGAAGUGUGCUGCGUUGAAUCAUGCUGAAGAAGCAGUUGGUUUAUCUGAUCCUCUGGAAUUUUUUGAUCUGAUUUUCGGAAUGAGUGGAGUUUCCUGUGCCAAGUUCCUUGUUUCUCGUUUUUUGGCGGCCGUCGGCGCCCCGUUUGGGGGCCAGUGGUCGAUAGAGGCGAGGUGGCGGGCUGGUGAAUCCAGG